AUGUGGGUCAACAAAAUCAUCAAGCCAUCCGCCGCGGCCGCAGCCACCAUGAAGGGCAACCUCGUGUAUUGUAUUUGGAUCGCCUUGUCCCUUGUUACGUGGUCUGCCAUUGCUGUACAUCUUGCUUUGUCUUUCGGCAUCUUCUCACUGAAAAGUGUGCAUGCCAUUUUGACUGGUUUGAUCCGUCUGAUCGACGGUGGAUUUGGCUUGCGCAAGAGGGUUGUCGUGCUCUCACCCUCGCCCAAGAAGAGAGCUCCCCAUCCUGUCACCAACACUCGUGAACAGCAUCUUUGGAGCCGCGUUUUGGAUAUCGAUGGCCUUCCAUCCGGUCGAAUUGGAAACGUCUCAUUCCGGAUCAAGUUGUUUGAUGGAAGAAGAGCUCACUAUCAGGGUGAUCUCCAGCUCGAACGCUUUGGAUCCACGAUGCUUCAUCGUCUUCGCUACAGCGUCUUCGAGACUCUAACUGAUGAACUUGGUUCCAGUUUCCCAGGUGACAAACGGGAUGGAUGUUUGUACCUUCCACUCGAUGGUCGAGUCAAGAUGAAGGACUUGUACGGGAAGAGCAAAAGAAAGAGCAUGAAAGUCCUCUCUUUGAUGGCCGACUAUGACUACAACUGCGACAACCUUGCCUGUAUUCAGAUUACAAUUGAAAUGGGGCAUCGUGCUGAGUAUAUGAGCGCAGCAUUACGCUUUCAGACUGACUUGGAGACGGCUGUGAUGGGAGGCAACGAUGCUGAGGAAGACUUGGAGCAUGCUGAAUAGCCUUGGUUUUGAUUGCUCCAGUACGAUGGCGGUACCGCCUUUUAGCAUUUUCGAUCAAUAUAUGGCUGUUAGUCGCAGCUAUGCCACUCGACAGGAUGCCGGA